AUGUCGCUGAGAUACUUGGACACAUUGGAAUUGCCCUAUCAAAGCCCCGAUCUAGUCAUGAUACAUAGCACCACUCGCUUCUCUGCAUGUCUCACACAUGCUGCUGAACUCCUUGAACCGAAGGUGUCGUCGACCUUGAAAGGACCGCUUGUUCUCCAAAUCCAAACCCCAACAACCCCAAAGAAAAUGCAGGGAUUUUCUCCUGCCUGCAUUAGAAGGACCCGCUUGUACCGAUCCAAGCGAUUUGGCUUGCACGAGACCUUCGGCACUCAUGGAGCCGCUGCUGUACCAUUGGCUAGCCUCGAAAAACAUCCCACGCUCUGUCUGAGUGGCUUCACGAUACAGCUUCGGCUUCGCUCUUAA